AGCCUCUUGGACAAGUCUUUUUGCCCCACUGUCAGGUAGCUGAGAGGGAAUUUGUUUGUCCAAAGAACUAGUAGACAUGGAUAUGGCAGACUAUAGUGAUGCCCUGGACCCAGCCUACACCACCCUGGAGUUUGAAAACAUGCAAGUGCUCUCCAUGGGCUCAGGUGAGUCAGAGUCACAAGUUACCUGGUUGAACUUUGAGACUUUUGGCUAUUAAACUGGUCUUCUGUAGUUCAGUUGGUAGAGGAUGGCGCUUGCAAUGCCAGGAUAGUGGGUUUGAUUCCCAGGACCAGCCACACGUAAAAUGUAUGCAUGCAUGACCGUAAGUCGCUUUGGAUAAAAGUGUCUGCUAAAUGGGGUACUUAUAUUAAACUUUUGGACAGGUCAGUUUAGCUGUCAGUUGUCCAUCUUGUAUUGGAUGCAAAUGAAUGAGAAUGUGCUUCUUUCCUGAUAAUAUUAUCAUCUCUUCUUGCAGUAGUAAAACAUUCAGGGGGUUUGCACAAUACACUCAAUGCAUCUGGAUAGUUUGGUGGUGAAACAACCAUUUGGUAGAGAAUUACCUUCUCCUGUUGUAACUUGUAGACUGUUAUGGUAUAGUGGUCAUAUUUCACCUAAGAUAGAAUUACAACGAAUAGAUCCUAUGCGAUGGUGAUUUAAGAGACAUGGACAUCUCUCUCUAGUUACCUACAUCUAUAUUAUGCAUUUUGAGGUCCAUAAAAUGAGAAAAGCAUUUCACAGAGUUGUGUGACAGCAUGAUACAUGCUUUUUGAAAGUGAGAAAUUGUCCUUUCUAGUCUCCCAUGACAUUUGACUGUGAACUUGAUUCUAAAAAGAAACUAUUUCCUCGCAGGAUAAAAAACAAUGAAAGACCCUUGAAAGACAAUCGCAUUGCAUGGCCAAUAUCAUCUUUGAUAUGCCUUAAUGAUUGUACUGUUUAAUCCUCACAAAUAUUCCAAUUUUUAAUGAUACGUAAAUAGCAUACAAUACAGUGUGUUGUUUAUUUCUACAUUAGAUGUUGUUACUAGUGUAAUUACAGCUUUACUACACAGGUAUAACUAAGAGUAACUUCAUGUAAAGUAUAAGCAGAAACUGUCCAUACUGUAUGAUUGAUUGAGCCAGUCAUCUCAUUGAUGACUAUGAGUAAGGGUGAGACUGAGAGGAAGACUGUCUGUCUCCAGUGAUUGCCUUUUCAAGGUAAUCAAGCCUACAUCACUUAAACUACUGUUUACUUUGACUGGGCUUUCAGCUACUAAUCAGAUGUGCAGUAAAUACUACUGUAAUAGAUCGGAUCAUAGCCGUAUUAGCCCUUUUUAUCAACCAGCAAUGCCACUGACUGACUUUAAUGUAAUCACUUGAUGCAGUCAACCAAUCAAUGUCGCUCUCACCUUUUAAAAUGAAAUUAAUCAAAAUAUCUGUUUUCUUUGAAAGUAUGUUAGUAAGUUAGUUAGUUAGGUCAUUCACUAUUGUCCCUCUAAGUUAUAUUCAGUCAUUAUAUUGAUUAUAUUAGUUAAUAAAUGAGGACUGAGUGCGCUAAGAGUAAGAAAAAGAAUACAUUAUUCACAUUUUGUAGAAAAACAUUCUGGUUAAAGUAACAGAUGAUUUCAAUGUAUGACCUUUCCUCUAGUUCUCUCAAACUGUUGACCACUAGUCAUUCCAUAACAUCCAUCCCAUACACUCGCACAGUUUAUCUUCCACCAACAUAGCAAUUCAUUAUUUCAUUAUUUAAUCUAGCCCUCAGAAAUAUCUACUCGUUUUGAUCUUGGAUCACAUAACUGCACAUAUGUUCUAUCUCAUAUCCAACAUGAUGACCCAAAGAGCCCCUGACUUGAUAAGGAAUAUCUCUCUCUCUCUCUCUCUCUCUCUCUCUCUCGACUCUGAAGCAUAGGGUGAUACGCACAUCCCAAACUUCAAAUAUACUGUAUAAAAUAUGUCUUUAUUCAUUGUUGUUUCAGACUCCUCGCCGGCUGAGAGUGCCAACAUGAACGCUGCCAACCACCUCGGAGCGGGCACCCUGUGUGCCAUCUGUGGGGACAGGGCCACGGGCAAACACUAUGGGGCCUCCAGCUGUGAUGGCUGCAAAGGCUUCUUCCGUCGGAGCGUUCGCAAAAACCACAUGUACUCAUGCAGGUGAGGUUUAGGCCAAUAUUACACACAAGAGCAAAGACAGUGACCAUCCUUGGGCAUUUACAAUAAAAGACUACUAAAUUCAACAAGUUUUUGGAUUGGGAUACAGUACCUGUACAUAGAUGGGGUGUUCAUUGACAGUUGCAAUAUCAAACUGAUGUAUGUAGGCCUCGAGAGAACGUGAUAAUCAAUAGAUUUCAGACUUCUACAGUAGGUUGCAAUAGCACUGGCAUAUUCAACAACAGUCUUCUCCUAACUGCAAUCUACUCAAUAAGCCCUUAAUAAAUCAAGCCCUCUUCAAACUCACUUCCCAGGUUCAGCAGACAGUGCAUUGUGGACAAAGACAAGAGGAAUCAAUGCAGAUACUGUCGAUUGAAGAAAUGCUUUCGAGCUGGCAUGAAAAAAGAAGGUAUACAAUUCAUUCAACUUCAUUCAAAUGGUAAAUAGAGUGGAAGAGUGACAACAUUAUUGAGAUAGACCUAUUUAGCCAUAUUGUGUUAUUACAUAUUAUACUCAGUCUCUACCCAAUGUGAUGACACUAGCAGUUAUGAUUUAAUAAUCUCUGGUAAGGGAUAUCCUAGAACGUUCCAUUUUUAUCAGCCAGUCCCUAUCGUAGUGUUGUAGAGAGGAGCAGAGCCAUUGGGACUGCUCAUGGCUCAGGGUAGGGUAUGUUGCAAGAACCACAAGAGCAGCACUUUGUUAAUGUUCACUCCGUGAUUCACUGAAUUCUAUGACCAGCUUAUGCUGAGCAACAACUUCUGUGAGGGAGUUAUAGCCACACAUACUGAUAAACACAUCAACCCUAGGAUACUUUUUUCUCCUAAUGCUAUUCUGAGUCAAUGCUAGUAACCUACUAGGAAUUAUGAAUGACUGUCAGAUAAUGUAUGAUUUAACAUAUGAAAGGAAUGGCAUAUUUGAGUUGAAUGACUUUGUAGGUUUGUGAAGUGAAUUAGAGUGAGUCUGAGAGUAUGGGGAGUGCUUUGACUAAACAAUUUCUGGUGAACAAUAAAUAAUGAAGUAUGUAUUAUAUUCUGCUAGCCACGGUUUAUGUUUCUAUUUGUUUCUCAGCUGUACAGAACGAGAGAGACAGAAUCAGCACCAGGAGAUCUAGCUAUGAAGACAGCAGUUUACCAUCUAUCAAUGCACUGAUCCAGGCAGAUGUACUCUCAAGACAGGUAAGACCCAUGGAUAUGGCUUUUUCGAUCGAAAUCAUGUAAGCAUAAAAAAAAUAAAAAAUGCCACAGAGGUUGUAUUGAAUAGAAUGGAAUGGAAUUUCAUUUAUUUUGGUUAAAUAAAUUGUGUUUAUAAUUUGGCUAUGAAUACAUAGGAGACAUAUUCAUUUUUUAUUCUGCGUGUGUAGAUAUCCUCACCUGGACCUAUACUGAAUGGUGACAUCAGGACGAAAAAGAUAGCGACCAUCACAGAUGUGUGUGAAUCAAUGAAACAGCAGCUGCUGGUGCUGGUGGAAUGGGCCAAGUACAUCCCUGCCUUCUGUGACCUGCCCCUGGAUGACCAGGUACGAUUGCACUAGAAAUGAACAGUCACAGACUAGGUUAGACUAAACCCUACUACUCUCAUUCAGGGCUAUUGCACUUUAUGGGCCGUUUUGUCCUGGACUAAAAAGAAUGCAAUAUAAGGCCAGAAACCAGUCUGAUAAUGACAUUAUUGGGAUUCUUAACAAUAACAACUUGAAGCUAUGUGUCCAGGGAAUAUAAAGCUCUCCAUGCAGCAUUUUGAGUAUAGAGUGCUGCUGCUGUUUUUUAAGACCUCAGAAUCCUCUGCCAAAUAGGUGGUUCAUGUAUUAUAAUCUCCAGUUAGAAUAUGAUGAGCUAGUUUGAAAGUUGUAUCUCUGAUCAGAACCAUUCCAGAAUCAUUAACACUGUGAUAACCAGGGCUUUGGUAACUGAUUUGCUGAUGUUGAAUUAGUGAGGGAUCCAGCAGGUGUAUCUUCACACACUUACUUGACUCUCUCUCUCUGUGAGAAUCUCUGGCUAGCUCUUCAGUGACCUUAAAGGUGGUGGGAAAGCUUCCUUGUUUAAUGGUUAGGUAUGAGUGGCAGAAGUGGUGUAAUAUUUCCCAUGUCUUAUCAAAUACAUUGUUUCAUAAAGAAGUUCAGAGGAAUAUAAUAUCUAUUGUUUACAGGAAACUCAUUCAGCAAUUAUAGAUGAAGUUGCGUGGAAAAAGGAAUGGGGGUGGAGAAAUAUACUUCUCCCAUGGGCAAAGAAACUCAAAAGGAAUGAUGAUAUUAGUUAAUAGUAAUUUCGAUCCGAAUGUGCAAAUUGUCCAAAUAGAUACGCAAGGUAGAUGGAUUAUUUUAAAUAUGUUAUUGGAACAUAAACAGAUAUGGCUCAUUAACCUUUACGGACCAAAUAAUGAUGAUCCACACUUCUUUGACAAUAUCUAUAAUAAAUGAUCAACCCUGCAAGCAAUUCAAGUAAAUAUUAUUAUGGUGGGGGAUUAUAAAACUGUUUUAAAUAGCUCAAUGGACCGUAAAGGAAAUCACACUACAAACAAUCACCCUCAUGCUCUUAAGGAAAUCGUGAAUGUCAUGGAUACAUUAGAACUAGUAGAUAUAUGGAGGCUUAAAUAUCCUGAUCUAGUGAGAUAUACAUGGCGGAACUCAUCAAGCUAGUGUCUUGACUUCUUUCUUAUGUCAUUCUCGUUGGCAACCAAAGUUAAAAAGUAUUGAUAGGGGACAGAAUCGUCAACCAUCAUAUAAUUGCAUAUCAUUACUCUACUGAAUUCACGUGGUGAGAAUUGGAAAUUUUUUCAAAGCCUAUUGGAUGAUAAUUUAUUUUUAACUAGGAAAGGAAUUUAUAACGGCUUUUUCCGACAUACAUAGGUACAGCAAAUCCCCUUAUUUUUAGGACGCCUUAAAAUGUCCUUUAGAGGCCAUGCAAUUCAGUACCUCCAUCUCAAAAACAAAAGCAAUUAGGUCAAAAUAUUUAUACUAACAAAGGAAUAAGUCUAACAAACAGAUAGAUGCAAAACAAAAAGAAAUGGAGAAACUUAUUCAGAAGAUCAAGUGUAAUAUUUAAAAAUAAGCAACUGGAUGGAAUUGGAAAAUGCACCAAUCUUUUUAAAUCUUCACAUAGAAUGCUGCCAAAUAUAAUUUAAUGAAACUGGUUACAAUUGACGGAGUCACCCAUGAUUCACCAAAUGAUAUUUUGAAGGAGGAAACAAAGUACUUUAAGCAUAUGUUUUCAUUUCAGUCGCCUCCAUCUCCUCUAACUGAAGCUAAUUGUAGAGAUUUUCUUUCUAUUGAUAAUGUAAAAUUAACAACCAUACAGAAAGACUAAUGUGAAGGUGAAAUUACAGAGGAGGAACUUCUGGAUGCAAUUAAAGACUUUAAGUCCGGGAAAACUCAAGGGUUGGAUGGCAUACCAGUCGAGGUAUACCAAACCUUUUUUGAUAUACUAAGAGGACCGUUAUUAGCAUGUUUUAACCACUCCUAUGUAAAUGGUAGAUUAUCAGACACUCAAGAAGAAGGUCUGAUUUCAUUAUUACUGAAACAGGAUACAAGUGUAAAAUAUAAAGAUCCAGUCCAUUAAAAAAAUUGGAGGCCCCUUACACUUCAGUGUUGUGAUGCAAAAAUUCUAGCAAAAUGUAUAGCGCAUAGAAUUAAAAAGGCAUUGUCGGACAUUAUUCAUUCUAAUCAGACAGGUUUUUUACAUGGAAGAUACAUUGGAGAUAAUAUAAGGCAAGUACUGGAAACAAUAGAACACUAUGGAAAAUCUGGGGAACCAGGCCUGCUAUUCAUAGCAGACUUCGAAAAGGCAUUUGAUAAAGUACGACUGGGGUUUAUAUAUAAAUGCCUGGAGCAUUUCAAUUUUGGAGAAUCUCUCAUAAAAUGGGUCAAAAUCAUGUAUAGUAACCCUAGGUGUAAAAUUGUAAAUAAUGGCUAUUUCUCAGAAAGUUUUAAACCGUCAAGAGGAGUGAAACAAGGUUGUCCACUAUCAGCAUAUCUAUUUAUUAUGGCCAUCGAGAUGUUAGCUAUUAAAAUCAGAUCCAACAAUAACAUCAAGGGAUUAGGAAUCCAGGGCUUAAAAACAAAGGUGUCAUUGUACGCUGAUGAUUCAUGUUUUCUUUUAAAUCCACAACUAUAAUCCCUCCACAGCCUCAUAGAGGAUCUGGAUUACAACCAAAUUAUGACAAAUGUACUAUAUUACAUAUUGGAUCACUAAACAAAUACAAUUUUUACAUUACCAUGUAGUUUACCAAUAAAAUGGUCUGAUGGUGAUGUGGAUAUACUCGGAAUACAUAUACCAAAGGAAAUAAAUGAUCUCACUCCAAUAAAUCUUAAUAGAAAGUUAGCAAAAAUAGAUAAGAUCUUGCUACCAUGGAAAGGUAAAUACCUGUCAAUUUGUGGAAAAAUCACCCUGAUUAACUCUUUAGUAUGUAAGUCGCUCUGGAUAAGAGCGUCUGCUAAAUGACAAAAAAAAAAAAAAUAUAUAUAUAUAUAUAUAUAUAUAUAUAUAUAUAUAUAUAUAUAUAUAUAUAUAUGUAUUAUCCCAGUUUACCUAUUUGCUUAUGGUCUUGCCUACACCUAGUGAACAGUUUUUUAAAUUAUAUGAAGAAAAAAAAAGUCAAUUUUAUACAGCAAGCCAGACAAAAUUAAAUGGGCCUAUUUAUAUAAUGAAUAUGAAUUCGGAGGCCGGAAAUUAUUAAAUAUUAAAGCAUUAGACCUAUCACUAAAAGCUUCAGUCAUACAAAAAUUAUACUUAAAUCCGAACUGGUUCUCAAGCAAAUUAGUAAGAUUGUCUCACCCAAUGUUCAAGAAUGGCCUUUUCCCUUUAUUCAGAUUACAACCUCUCACUUUCAGUUAUUUGAAAAGGAAAUAAUCUCCCAAAUAUCACUAUUUCUAAAACAAGCCAUGGAAAGUUGGUUGCAAUUUCAAUUUAAUCCUCCAGAAACGACAGAACAAAUAAUGCAACAAAUAUUGUGGUUAAACUCAAAUAUACUAAUUGACAAAAAACCUAUUUAGGUUUAGGUAUAAUCUUUGUAAAUUAUAUCAUCGGUAGGACUGGUGGAGUUAUGUUGCACAUGCAGCUAACAAAAACAUAUGGAAAUGUCUGCUCUACCCAAAAUUACAACCAAAUAAUUGCAGCCUUACCGCAAAAAUGGAAGAGGAAAGUGGAAGGGGGAGAAAGUAAGGAACUUGUCUGUCGGCCUUGCAUUAAAGAACAUAAUUGGUUAAAGAAAACUGUGAUGAAUAAAAAAGUAUACCAGUUUCAUUUAAGGACCAAAGGAUUGACAGCCGUCCGUCCCAUAUAGAUUGCAAAAUAGUUGGGAAGAGAUUUUUGACGUACCGAUCCCAUGGCAUAGUGUUUAUGAACUGAUACGCAAAACGACACCGGAUUCAAAACUUUGAAUCUUUCAAUUUAAAUUAUUAUAUAAAAUUAUUGCUACCAAUAGAAUGUUAUUUAUAUGGGGGAUACACUCUUCCCAGCUCUGCAGAUUUUGUUGCGAAGAGACAGAAUCAUUAGAUCAUUUGUUUUGGCACUGUCCAUUUGUAGCUUGUUUUUGGACACUGGUCCAGGAAUGGCUAAAGGAUUGCAAUAUUUACCUGGAGCUAACCUUGCAGAUAGCAUUACUGGGUGAUCUGAAAAGUCAUAGUCAAUCGAUCAAUAAUAUAAUAAUACUUUAGCAAAAUGUUUAUUUUCAAUUUACAAUCUGUAGAAACAAUGAGAAUAGAAAGUUUCAGAACUUUUCUAAAACAUCACAGUACAGUUGAAAAAUAUAUGGCAAAUAGAAAUCCUAUUUGGAUGGUGUUAAGAGAUAGAUGGGUGGUGUUGAAUGGAGUUGAAGGAUGGGAUUAAUAACAACAACUAAUAAUAAGAUAACUAAUAAUGUAAGCAUACUGUGUCCAUAAUAAGUAUAUAGGUUGUAUGUUGGUAGCUUUUGUGAAAGAGCACAGUUAGAAAGAUAUGGCAUAUAGAAGCAAACCGGAUGGACAUCAUGAAAAUGAUUGGAGAGGUUGAGAGUAGAAGAAGUUCAGGAGAAAAAACAAACAAAAUAUAAUUACUGUAAAAUUGACUGUGUCCAUAAAAUGUAUAUAGUAAGUAUAAGCUGGAAGUAGAGGCCUAAGCAUUGUUGUUCACUAGUUUACUCCAAUUAGGGAAAGGGUGGUGGGGUUGGAAAGUAGUUUGUGUAUGUACAGUGGGGAAAAAAAGUAUUUAGUCAGCCACCAAUUGUGCAAGUUCUCCCACUUAAAAAGAUGAGGCCUGUAAUUUUCAUCAUAGGUACAUGUCAACUAUGACAGACAAAAUGAGAUUUUUUUUCUCCAGAAAAUCACAUUUUAGGAUUUUUAAUGAAUUUAUUUGCAAAUGACGGUGGAAAAUAAGUAUUUGGUCAAUAACAAAAGUUUCUCAAUACUUCGUUGUAUACCCUUUGUUGGCAAUGACACAGGUCAAACGUUUUCUGUAAGUCUUCACAAGGUUUUCACACACUGUUGCUGGUAUUUUGGCCCAUUCCUCCAUGCAGAUCUCCUCUAGAGCAGUGAUGUUUUGGGGCUGUCGCUGGGCAACACGGACUUUCAACUCCCUCCAAAGAUUUUCUAUGGGGUUGAGAUCUGGAGACUGGCUAGGCCACUCCAGGACCUUGAAAUGCUUCUUACGAAGCCACUCCUUCGUUGCCCGGGUGGUGUGUUUGGGAUCAUUGUCAUGCUGAAAGACCCAGCCACGUUUCACCUUCAAUGCCCUUGCUGAUGGAAGGAGGUUUUCACUCAAAAUCUCACGAUACAUGGCCCCAUUCAUUCUUUCCUUUACACGGAUCAGUCGUCCUGGUCCCUUUGCAGAAAAACAGCCCCAAAGCAUGAUGUUUCCACCCCCAUGCUUCACAGUAGGUAUGGUGUUCUUUGGAUGCAACUCAGCAUUCUUUGUCCUCCAAACACGACGAGUUGAGUUUUUACCAAAAAGUUCUAUUUUGGUUUCAUCUGACCAUAUGACAUUCUCCCAAUCCUCUUCUGGAUCAUCCAAAUGCACUCUAGCAAACUUCAGACGGGCCUGGACAUGUACUGGCUUAAGCAGGGGGACACGUCUGGCACUGCAGGAUUUGAGUCCCUGGCGGCGUAGUGUGUUACUGAUGGUAGGCUUUGUUACUUUGGUCCCAGCUCUCUGCAGGUCAUUCACUAGGUCCCCCCCGUGUGGUUCUGGGAUUUUUGCUCACCGUUCUUGUGAUCAUUUUGACCCCACGGGGUGAGAUCUUGCGUGGAGCCCCAGAUCGAGGGAGAUUAUCAGUGGUCUUGUAUGUCUUCCAUUUCCUAAUAAUUGCUCCCACAGUUGAUUUCUUCAAACCAAGCUGCUUACCUAUUGCAGAUUCAGUCUUCCCAGCCUGGUGCAGGUCUACAAUUUUGUUUCUGGUGUCCUUUGACAGCUCUUUGGUCUUGGCCAUAGUGGAGUUUGGAGUGUGACUGUUUGAGGUUGUGGACAGGUGUCUUUUAUACUGAUAACAAGUUCAAACAGGUGCCAUUAAUACAGGUAACGAGUGGAGGACAGAGGAGCCUCUUAAAGAAGAAGUUACAGGUCUGUGAGAGCCAGAAAUCUUGCUUGUUUGUAGGUGACCAAAUACUUAUUUUCCACCAUGAUUUGCAAAUAAAUUCAUUAAAAAUCCUAAAAUGUGAUUUUCUGGAUUUUUUUUCUCAUUUUGUCUGUCAUAGUUGACAUGUACCUAUGAUGAAAAUUACAGGCCUCUCUCAUCUUUUUAAGUGGGAGAACUUGCACAAUUGGUGGCUGACUAAAUACUUUUUUCCCCCACUGUAUGUAUGUAUGUAUGUAUAUGUGUAUGUGUGUGUAUGUAUGUAUAUAUAUAUAUCAUGGGUGAUUGGAAGUGAUGCAGACAAUUACAUUGAUGGAAGUUACAAUCUAUCUGCAAUAUUAAGCUGAUCUACCCCCUAAAAAAAAGGUUAAGAGGCUGUGUUUUGAUGCAAGACAGCUUCAAGGUUAAAGCUACUCACUGGGCACAGACUUCAGCUCAACGUGUAGUUUUGAUUUACAUUUGGUUGAGUUGUCAACUAAUGUGAAUUCAACAUGAAAUCAAUCAUUCACCAUGUCAUUGGAUUUCGGUAAACAUUUAUGUGAAAAAAAGACACAAUUCCCUUACGUUGAUGACUUUUAAAAAAUCCAAAUCAGUUUUCGACGUUGGAUUCAACGUCAUCACAUUUUAUUUUAUUUUUUACAUCGAAAUGAAAUGUAAACAACGUUGAUUCAACCAGUUUUUUUUUCUCCCAGUGAUUAAUAUUGAAAUGACUUUCCUUUAUUUCAGGUGGCAUUGCUGCGAGCCCAUGCUGGAGAGAAUCUUCUGAUUGGAGCUGCAAAGAGGUCUAUGUUGUACAAGGACCUCCUGUUACUAGGUAAAGUGAAGAUAAUAUAUUAGCUACUGUACACCAUCUAAUUGCUCCAGGAUCACCAUUGAUAAUGGUAGACCCUGGCUGUGACCCCACUCUCCAAGGGUGUAUUUUACCUUCAUUUAACUAGGCAAGUCAUUUAAGAACAAAUUCUUAUUUACAAUGACGGCCUACACCGGCCAAACCCGGACAACGCUGGGCCAAUUGUGCGCCGCCCUAUGGGACUCCCAAUCAUGACCGGUUGUGAUACAGCCUGGAAUAGAACCAGGGGGUCUGUAGUGACACCUCAAGCACUGAGAUGCAGUGCCUUAGACCACUGCGCCACUCGGGAGCCCAAUUAACGCAUGCGUAUUAGUACAUUCUUGUACUAAUAUAAGCACCCACCAAAGGAUUAUUAUUAUUAUUACAUCACAUCAUAUAAUAGUUGUGUAAUAUAAUAGACUAGUUAUAUAACAGUUAUGCUAGCAAUAUGGGGGGGGGGAUCGUCAAACAUCACAGAGUGAUUCUGCCCUACAUGACAAUUAUUGGUUUCUGUUCCUUAUAGGAAAUGACCACAUUAUUCCCCGGAACUGCCCGGAGUUGGAAGUGAGCCGAGUAGCAGUGAGGAUUCUGGACGAGCUAGUGCUGUCCUUCCAGGAGCUCCAGAUAGACGACAAUGAAUACGCUUGUUUGAAAGCCAUUGUUUUCUUUGAUCCAGGUAUUACAUGGAACACAACGUCACUUUUAAAAUGAACAGCCUAUCGUCCGAUUCAAACAGUGAGACAUCAUAUGAAGCAUUCUAGGGCAGUAACCAGUGAGUAACCAGUUGCAAAACAAAAACUAUGUAACCAGUGAGUAACUAAACUAGUGACUAAGAAUGCCUGUUAUAUGAGCAAUGUGACCAGGUAGCGAGUGACCAAGCUGUUGACCAAAUGCCUACUCUCUCCUGCUCCAGAUGCCAAAGGUCUGAGUGAACCAGGUAAGAUCAAGCGGAUGCGUUACCAGGUUCAGGUCAGCCUAGAGGACUACAUCAACGACCGGCAGUAUGAGUCCCGGGGACGCUUCGGAGAGUUGCUCCUGCUGCUGCCUACACUACAGAGCAUCACCUGGCAGAUGAUCGAACAAAUACAGUUUGUCAAACUCUUUGGCAUGGCCAAGAUUGACAACCUGCUCCAAGAGAUGCUCUUAGGAGGUUAGACAUCUUGAUAUUGUUACAAAUAAACAAAAAAAUCUAAAUCUAUUGCCAAAUGUAAUGCCAAAAGAAUUUAUCACAAACAACUUUCUGUGAGUUCUAUUGGCUAGAGAAGUUUACACUCUUCAAUAGGAUAGAAUGCUAGUUGGUUAUCAUACUGUAUUACCAAUGGACAGCAUCACAGUGAAGGAGGAAACUAACUGUUUGGGGGGUUGGUGUAUGUUGUGUUGUUUUCCUCAGGUUCUACUAACGAGGCACCUCACACACCACACUCUCUGCAUCCACAUCUGGUUCAGGAACACCUUAGCAACAAUGUCAUCGUGGCUAGCAACAUGGCUACUUCCAUCCACAACGGCCAAAUCUGUGAGUACCAAUAACUACAUGCCAGACCCCAAAUGUCCAACUCUAAGUGUCGGUUCCCCAGAGACAGAUUAAGCCUAGUCCUGGACUAAAUAGCACUGAAAGCUGUGUCUGGGACACCGACCCCAAAAUUAGACAAUAAAAUGCUUGAAAUUCUCAACCAACGAUGAGCUCAGUGGCAUCAAUCUACUCCCAUGUGCAACAGAGUCAGGUAGUUGGAAGGACAAACAAGCUUGGCGGAAUAAUCCACUAAGAAGUUAUUCAGAGAGACUAAUCAGGCUUACUUUGUCAAAGAAAAUGUAUUUUAUUUUUUCUUAACAUUUUUAAUGCCCUCAGAAGAUUUCACAAAAUACUUAUUCAUUGUCUGAAUAUAUAUAUAUAUAUAUAUAUAUAUAUAUAUAUAUAUAUAUAUUCAAGUAAUGUUAUGCCACAAGGUAAAUAUGUUGAUUUGUUUGUUAACCUGACUAGCUGCGUAGUUUAGUGAAUUCCUCCACUAAUGGAUUCUUUCUGGUUUGUUGCAACCACUCCUGGAACCCCAAUCCCCUCUCCUCCCACAGCCUCCAGUUCAGAACACUAUAAAAUGGCUCAAGGGGUUAUAGCCACUGUGCCCAAGAAUCCUAUCUCCAUCCCUCAGCCCACCAUCACCAAGCAAGAAGCCAUCUAACACAGAACUGGACCCCACAAACCCGUCCAACAAAGCAUUCACAAUUUCACCAUCUUCGCUAGCUUCUCGGUUUCUCUGUAAACAUGCUCAGUAUAAAGGUGCAACAAUAAUUCUCACAUGUGAGAAAUACAUAUUUUCCAAAAAUCUCAGGAGUGUACUGUACAGUUAGGUUACAUUAGUCAACUAGCCCCCACCUGAGAUACUGUACAUACGGUAGCCCUACUCAUAUUGUUGCAUGUAGUAUCAAGCUGACACAGUAAACUGCUAAAACAACCUCAUUCGUGGGCAAUAUGAUAUGCUCUUUGACAUAGUUGUACAGGUUAUCUAUACCCUUAUACACAGAGUUCAAAUUAUGAAUGGGUAAAUAAAAUAUAACUGUAUACAUAUUAGAUAGGUUUCUUAAUCACAUUGAAAUUGUAUGAAUGUUACAAACAGGCCUUAUAUCUGUGAUGAGGCAGAUCAUGAUGUUAGUGUUACACAGUCUUUUCAAAGACUGUUGUCAAUGGCAAUACAAGUCUUGUUGACUGAUAUAGUCACUCACAACUUGUACCCAGAAAUAAGAAUAUAACGACAUUGUCAUGUUUUGAAAUAAUGUAAUUAUGUGACAGACGGAGAUAUACAGGUAUGAUAGGUAGUCAAUUGGUUCUGAAAGGACAAAUUUAACUUUUUUAAGUUAUCUUGUACUUGCUGUAUGACAGUUGUGUUGCAUUGAAAUCCAGGUUUAAGAUAUCCCUGUCUAUAUACACUGGAAAUCGCUAGUUGUGUAGUAAAACAAAGUAAAACGCUUAAAUGUUCGAAUUAAAACAGCUCAGUUCAUUUAAUACUGUAUACUUUCUGUGGAGCCACUUUAUAAAUGUUUAAGGCAUUCACAGUGUUUUACCCAUUUCAGAUAUAUUUUUUUGCAGUUUCACUGUAAAGACCUGGUAGUGUUUUUUGUUUGACCAUGGAAUGUUAUUUUGUCAUGGUAUUAUAACUACAUGACAGAAUACAUGUUGCCUUGCCGUCUGUACUUCCUUAUACUGCAAAGAUGGGCAAUAUGUUUCACCUUACAAUGUGAAGAUGAAUAAAAUGUCAAGGUUUAUUUUUACA